AUGUCGAGCAUAACGGACAAUGACACUAACAUUGGGUCGUCGCGAGGCGACGCCUCGACAACCUCUGGAGAUGCCGUCGGCAGUCUCACCAACUCAGGUGGCUCAUCGGCAUCCGCACUGAUGAUGACUCUUUUGCCCGCACUUAUAUACGCGAUUUUCUGGGUCAGUCUGUUUUUGAUCUUUCGACGAACUCAGCGUCGAUGGUACGCCCCGAGAUCGUAUUUACCCGAUCUGCACGAGCAUCAACGAAGUCCCGAGCUGCCGACUGGUUGGGUCAAUUGGCUUGGGACGUUUUUGAAGAUUGAGGACAACCACGUGUUGCACCACUCCUCGCUUGACGGCUAUCUUUUUCUACGAUUUUUACGCGUUUUAGCGGCGACGUGUUUGACAGGCUGUCUGAUAACAUGGCCCAUUUUACUGCCUAUCCAUGCUACUGGUGGAAACGGCAAUACUGAACUCGAUAUCCUGAGUUUUAGUAAUGUUAAAAAUCCUAAAAGGUACUAUGCGAAUGCGAUUGUGGCGUGUGUUUAUUUCACAUUCGUUUUCUAUGUCGUCGUUAGAGAAAGCUUAUACUAUGCGAAUCUGCGCCAGGCGUACCUGAACUCACCUGCAUAUGCUUCUCGCGUGUCUUCCCGGACAGUUCUCUUCAUGUCGGUCCCAGAUGCGUACAAAAACCAGGAUAAGAUCCGGCAGGUAUUUGGAGAAUCGAUCCGCCGAAUCUGGGUGACCUCGGACUGUUCGAAGUUAAAGAAGUUGGUUGCUGAACGAGACAAACUGGCUGAGAAGCUGGAAACCGCAGAGACCAAGCUUAUUCGAAGAGCGAACAAGGUCCGCACGCAGGCGAUCAAAAAGGGAGAACUCAGUGUCGAUACAUGCUUAGACUGCGAGUCGAGCAAUCCAGCAUGGUCUCAUAAAGUCAAACGACCCACGCAUCGAGUCAAAUUCUUCGGCGAAAAGGUCGACUCCAUUUAUUGGUAUCGAUCCCAACUGAUUAAAAAAACCGAGGAGGUCGCCUCUUUGCAGAUGAAACAUCAAAAUAACGAAGCAACGCAACUGAGCGCAAUCUUCGUCGAAUUCAACAGCCAGGCUGAUGCUCAAGUGGCUCUACAAACCUUGUCUCACCACCAGCCAUUCCACAUGACGCCUCGCUUCAUUGGAGUCUCGCCUCGCGAGGUUGUUUGGUCGGCACUGAAUCUAAGUUGGUGGCAACGAAUUGUACGAAGAUUCGCAGUUCAGGGAUUCCUCGCCGUGAUGGUCAUCUUCUGGUCAUUCCCUGCUGCAAUUGUCGGUGCCAUUUCGAACAUUACCUACAUUUGUAAAAUAAUUCCUUUCCUCCGCUUCAUCCUCAAGUUGCCCGAUGUUAUCAAAGGUGCGAUCGAGGGUCUUUUGCCAUCUGCGGCUCUUGCGGCUUUGAUGUCGCUGGUGCCAAUCAUCUGUCGGAUUUGCGCUAGACGAGCCGGAGUCCCUUCAAAGGCUCGGGUCGAAUUGUUUACACAAAGUGCCCACUUUGUGUUCCAGGUGGUGCAAGUAUUCUUAGUGACAACCCUGACUUCAGCCGCAUCGGCUGCGACAGCGCAGAUUAUCAAGAACCCUCUGUCGGUCAAAGACCUUUUGGCUCAAAAUCUGCCCAAAGCUACCAAUUUCUAUAUCUCCUACUUCAUGCUCCAAGGGCUGAGUAUGAGCUCCAUGGCUCUUGUUCAAAUUGCCAGUGCCCUGGUGUUCAAGUUCGUCACCACAUUCUUCGCCUAUUCGCCUCGUCGUUUGUUCCAACGGUGGGCGGAACUUGGUAGUCUCAGCUGGGGCAAUGUGUUCCCUGUGUUUACCAACAUGGCUGUGAUCGCAUUGACAUAUUCAUGCAUUGCACCUCUAAUUCUGGGCUUUGCCUUUCUCGGACUCUACCUUGUAUACCAAGCCUACCGAUACAACUUCCUUUUCGUAUACGACAUCGAGAUCGACACCAAGGGCUUGGUCUACCCACGAGCUCUCCAGCACUUGCUGACCGGUCUCUAUCUUGCCGAAAUAUGCAUGAUAGGCUUGUUUGCCAUCAAAGGUGCCAUCGGCCCACUCAUCAUCAUUGCUAUAUUUUUAGUCGGCAACAUCCUGGCACACAUGUCCCUCAAUGAAGCACUGGCUCCCCUGAAUACAUUUCUGCCAAGAUCCCUCGACGCUGAGGAAGAAAUGCUCCAAGAGAAAGAAGAUAGAGUGGCAGAGAUCAACGAACAGCGCCGUCCACGCGCAAUGGCCUUUUGGAGAUGGUUCCAUCCAAACGUGUACAAGGACUAUGCAGCCUUGCGUCGGAAAGUCCGCCGCAAUCUCGACGAGGUUUCGUAUACCCCGGAAGAAAUGCGCACGGCAUACUUCGAGCCAUGUGUCGCAUCGCCGCCGCCGACUCUGUGGAUCCCACGCGAUAAGUGGGGUUUCAGUAACCAUGAGGUGAUGGAAACUGAUGCUUCCAUCAGUAUCACGGAUAUAGGUGCGCACCUAGAUGAGAAGAACAAGAUUGUGUGGGAUAAAUAUGACCCUCACCUUCCACUGCGUGAAUUGAAGACUCUCUAUUGA